AUGGCCAGACCAUCAAGCCAUGAUAGCAGUCCAGUUGAGUGUGAAAAACUUGAGGUUUCUCCUUAUAUAAUUUACAAUAGUUCUAAACCAGACAACUUUGAAGUACAUGAGUCUGAACGAGUUAACGACGCACCUAACCAUCCCCAUUUAUCUAACCCUACACCAAGCCGUCAAGUGUCCAUAAAAUCCGAAUCCGUAGUCCUGGAUUAUGAAUCUGAAGAAAUAGAUGACGAUUCACAAGAGCAGGAGAUCUUUCUACCUCAUCGCCGCGUUGUUUCUCCCAACUCGAAGUCUUCUAAGCUACCUCUUUCGCCUGCCACACAACCAGCAUCAAAUCGAACAGAUAUCGGCUCUGAUGGUCGCGGCAGCUUAACACAACACCAGAAUUCUGGUAAAUGGCAGAAUAAGUCUGAAGAGCGUCCUGGAGUCCUUCUAGCCUCGCAGGACACGACCAGUCUGCAAAAAAUUAAUUGCCACAAGGCCAUAGAUUUAUUGCCUCGGCCAGAUACCCCAGAUGGCUUACUGGAUAGUGACUUUUCUGCUGACAUCGACAUCUUGUCUGAUUCACCCGAGGUUGAGAUGUCUGUUCAAGAGGGCCGAACGGGAACAUGGAUCAACUCAGCCGACAUGGAGUCUGACAUUGACGUGAUUCGAGUGCAGAUCAGAAAUCAGAUUGCUAUCGCCGAGCAGAAUCAGUCUCAGCAAGAGCAACAGAGUGCUCGACAUGCCUCCUCUUCAUCUUCCCUUUCAACUACCAACACGCCUGUGCUGGCGACAGUUGUCUCGGGUCCGCCGAAUACUGGCUCCAACACGGCUUUCGUCAACUCUCAAGCCAGACUCUUGGCCUCUGAACAGCUUUGGCGUGUGCAAUGUGACCACCGAUUAGCCGAGCUUCAGUUGGAAUUUUCUCGCCGGCUUAACGAUUCAUUACAAGAACACGAGAUCAAGAUGACUGAACUGCGAACCAUCCAGUCACAGGAGGUCGCCCGCAACAUGAAACGCCAAACAGCAACGCUGCAGGCGCUACAACGUGCCUUGCCUGAUUGCCUGAAGGAAAAGGAGAUUACCGAGAUUGACCUAGUCGGUCAACUGGCUAGCGAGUUGAAUUCUUGCCGUGAUGAACUUUUAGCCACCAAAAGACAACUUGCUGAGUCUCGUGAUGAAGUUGAAGCCUGGCGUGAGUUGGCUAAACAGCUUGACUUGAAGCCGGCAACCAAAGGUAAGUCCGAUCUCUCUGCCCAACAGCGUCCAUCCGGUUUAUAUGAGCUGAAUCCAAUGGCCAAUGGCAUGGAUGCCAAAUUGUCCGUUCAACGGCGAAGGCUAGCUGCUAGAUACAAUCAUAAUAGGCGAUCACUUCCAUUGUCCUCGGAGGAACCCGACUACAUGCUAAUGAACUCUAGCAGUCGCGACGUCGUAGGUAGUGAAGGCCCAUGGUUGGCUAAAACCUGGAAACGGCUCGAGACGAGUAGUGGAGACGAAGCGGAAGCCGAAGAGACAGAUGGUCUUAUACCCAGCCUGCCUCUAUUUGCCUCUGGAUAUUGCUUCCAGGGAGACAGAAAACGUUCUAAAGUCAAAUCAUCGUAUCUUAGCAACACGGGCAGUAACAUCAGCAUGUCUGGACUCCGUAGACGAGGGUCCACGGCAUUUCGGAACGCAGCCAUGCCUUCGGCAGAGCCGGACGGCUUGAACGGACGAGAAGCUCGGCUUAACCAUCCAGUGCCUUGUCGUCCGGUUAGUAUGUUUGAACCGAUGUCGCUUGGACAGCUCACCUCCGGCUCCCAUAACCCCAUCUCGCUGGUUGAUAAGGUUUCUCAAUACGAGCGUGACUCCACCUUCUUUGGCCAAGGUUUAGGCUAUACUCAGGCAUUCCAUCCUCGGCGUUGCAGCAAAUCACGCCGACCCCGUUCGCUUACUCCGCUGACCAAUAAGCGUACCACCUCUGUGUCAGGCAACCUGGCUUGUUUCGAAGCCAACCAACCUGUAAAAGAGGAGAAUACUGCACCUGUCGAAAUUAUGCAUUCGUUGCAUCGCAUCUCAGAGGAUCUCGAUCGUGUGAUGAGUGUACUUCAUCUGCCCGACGAAGUCCUAUUGGCUGAGAAUAACUCGAUUCCUGGCGGUCCAGGAUUCCGGGCUUCAUAUUCACCGGCUCUUGUGGUUAAGCAUUCGCCACUUGUCUCUAGCCAGCCCAGCUUGAGCCAAUUUCGUCAAAGAGGCCAGGCGCGUACGUCCACUCAUGCCACAGAUCGACUAGUUCCCGCUUAUCUGCCCUCUGGCAAAAACUGGCCACCAGAUUCCCAUGCUAGUAACCUUUUGCGCCUACAGCAACAACAGCAGACGCCGAAUAUUUCUGCUCUAGCCACUUCAGGCCAGCGACUGCUAAAGAGCCUAUGUCCCGCCACUAACCGGACCUGGGUGGACAAUAUGAAACGCGAUUUUGAUGUCAGUCAGUCGACUUUAGAGAAGCCGGCUCCCGGCCAAACUACGACUGCACAGCUCGAAGCCACAUCAGAAAAUCAAAUUAUCAGAACUUCACUUUCAUCUGAACAAGAUCGCAGUAUGAGAACAGCCAAACGAUCUUUGCUGAUUAUUCCAAACGACCUUUUACUGCCUAGUCUGCAUUCAAUAAGCUCGUGCUCCUCAGAUGCCGAUAUACUAAAUGAACUAUUGUAA